GCGGGAAGUUUAGUAAAAGUGUUAUGGUUGGUCUGUCUCACAGCGUUGUGUAGAUUUAUAACUACUUCUACACAUUACCGUAUUUACACAGGAAAUAUAUUUUAUCCAGAGGCAUGAGCAGCGCACACCUGGACGAGUGGCAGAGGAGGUCCUUUGACAUUUUGUCUGGCUCUUGUACACCUGAACAGACGGCCGAUGCUUAUCGGGCACACAUCCUCUCCAUUCAGUAUGCAUGGGCGAAUGCUGAGCUCUCUUCGGCCGGAGCUGCCAGCCUGCUGAGGACCUACUCUGAGCGCUACACCUCAGUCCUGGACUCAGAUGACCCACGCACAGGGCUCAACAACUAUGCAGAGAGUGCCCUGCAUCUGGCCCGCAAUCAAAAGAACCAUAGCGACAAAUGGGAGUCGUCCCUGACGGUCGAAAAUGUGUUCAACCUGCCGUGUGUGCAGAGGAUGAUGCGGGCCGGGUUGGAGGAUGGCACGCUCCCUGUAGAUCUAGCAGAUGUUAACAUCUCUGUCGGUGGUGUGGUCAGCGGAGGUGCGCAGAAAGGCAUUGCCCUCCCUGGUUCUUCCUCUGGUCAGCAAAACACUCACAGGCCUGCUGUGCUGUCACCCAGAGCUGAGAUGGGGAGGGGGGUUUGUAACCCAUUUAACGGCGCUGCUGAUAGUACCAGGGGAUGUGAAGCUCCUCCACGUCCACUUCUGGCUCAGAAUCCUACCCCAAUCUUCAGCCAUAAUGAUUUUAAUUCAGGCAAUGCUAGUUCUCUUCCCCAAUCUAAUGCCAGUUACACAAGUGGGACUAAUGUGCAUAAUCAGCCUGUGUUCUUUUCCUCUACAAACCCCUCCAAGAGGAAGAACUUCUACGGCUCAGGAACUGAAAGCAACAGAAGCUCAUUCCCAUCACAAGCAGAGCAGGAACCGCGAGGUGGGGGACGGCGAGGAGAGGAGGGUGUCAGCACUAACUUUAGAUCGGCGCGAGAGCAGCUGAUUGUCGACCAGCAAAAAAAGAAUUCCCAUCAGGGCCAGCGAACGUCAGCUGCUAAUGUUGCUACAAUCACCAAAAAAUCUCUAGGGGCAAAUCGAGCUCGUGGGGCCUUCUCCAAAUUUGUUUCUCCCAUGCCGAAACAGGAUGAGGAGACUACCUCGGAGGACAACACGCCACAAGACAUGCAACCUGUUGAUGAGCGACUGAAAAACUUUGAGCCCAAGAUUAUAGAGCUCAUCAUGAGUGAGAUUAUGGACCAUGGCCCCCCGGUGGCUUGGGAUGAGAUUGCCGGACUGGAGUUUGCCAAAGCCACGAUUAAAGAGAUAGUAGUUUGGCCCAUGCUGAGGCCUGAUAUCUUCACCGGUCUCCGAGGGCCACCUAAGGGCAUCCUUCUAUUCGGGCCACCAGGUACAGGAAAAACCCUCAUAGGCAAAUGCAUAGCCUGCCAAUCCGGAGCCACUUUUUUUAGCAUCAGCGCUUCGUCCCUAACUUCAAAGUGGGUCGGGGAGGGAGAAAAAAUGGUGCGGGCGCUCUUUGCCAUAGCUCGUUGUCACCAGCCUGCAGUUAUCUUCAUCGAUGAGAUUGAUUCCCUUCUUUCUCAGCGUACAGACGGAGAACACGAGUCGUCUCGUCGGAUUAAAACCGAGUUUCUUGUGCAGUUAGAUGGAGCCGCCACCUCAGCAGAAGAUCGUAUCCUUGUGGUCGGCGCCACCAACCGGCCACAAGAGAUUGAUGAAGCGGCCCGACGUCGCUUGGCCAAGCGUCUCUACAUCCCUCUCCCAGAGACUGAGGCUCGCCGGCAGAUAGUGACCAACCUCAUGUCGCGUGAGAAAAACCAGCUCGGAGCGGAUGAGAUGGAGAAAGUGGUGCUGGACACAGAUGGGUUUUCAGGGGCCGAUAUGACACAGUUGUGUCGUGAGGCAGCGCUCGGUCCCAUCCGAAGCAUUCGUCUUAGUGACAUCGCAACCAUCACAGCAGAACAAGUGAGGCCUAUACUGUACUGUGACUUUCAGGAGGCUCUUAAAACUGUACGGCCCAGCGUCUCUUCUAGAGAUCUUGAGCUUUAUGAAGAGUGGAACAAGACUUUUGGCUGUGGUCGCUGAACAAAUGUCUUCAGAUGUGGAUUGACAGUGAAUUUUGUUAAUAUCACUCUGAUGCUGUGUACAUUGUAUAAAAUGCCAUUCUAUAAAUAAAUGUUUAUUUUAUCCAUUUUUAUUUAAAUGUUUUUGUCAGAGAGCUGAAAACAGAUUUCUUAGUUAAUACGACACUAUAUAACAAAUGUUGCUGUUUUGUCUCCAAGUUUCAUAUAUACGUGCAAUAUAUUAGUAA